AUGCAGCAGGAUAGCGACGAGUUUGUGUCGGCGCUCUUCAGCACGCUGGGUCGCCAGCUCAAGGCGCCGACGACGACCAUCAAGAGCUUGGAGUCGACCGACAACAUGGUCGACGCGCUCUUUGGCCUCGAAAUGGAAGAACGCCUCGAGUGCGGCGAGACAGACGCUGAGCCCGUCAUGAUGAAGAAGGAGAAGGCGCUCAAGCUCGUGUGCAACAUCACGAAGGACACCAACCACAUCUCGGAGGGCAUUACGAUCGGCCUUGAGGGCACGAUUGAGAAGAACUCGGACAUUCUCGGCCGCAACGCGACGUGGAAGAAGACGAUGAAGAUCAACCGCCUCCCCAAGUACAUUUGCGUGCAGUUCAUGCGCUUCUACUGGAAGCUCACGCCCGAGAGCCGCGACCACACGGGCGUCAAGUGCAAGAUGCUGCGCCCGAUUAGCUUUCCCCAAGUGCUCGACAUGUUCCGUUUUGCUCGGACGAACUUAAGGCCGUCCUCAAGGAACGCCGACUUGAUUUUGAACGAAUUCAAAGACAAGAAGCCGGAAGCGACAACCGCGGGCGACGCUGAAGAGAAGCCCGACGUGGACAUGGAAGGCCUCUCGGCGGAGGAGAAGGAAGCGCUCGAGGUGGCCAAGACCAUGUCGAUGGCCAACGGCCGCGCGUCGGCCGGCAUCGGCCUGCCCCUCGACUUCCAGGGCAACUAUGAGCUGUUUGCAGUCGUGACGCACAAGGGCCGGUCGGCCGACUCGGGGCACUACAUUGGCUGGGCGCGCGUCAAGGACGACGACUGGCUCUGCUUUGACGACGACAAUGUGAGCCCGUGCAAGACGGAGGACAUUCAGAAGCUCAAGGGCGGCGGCGACUGGCACAUGGCGUACCUCACCUUUUACCGGGCAAAGAACUAG